UGGCUAGGUCCCGUUCGCGCUAGCCUAGCUCAGCGAUAUUCAGUUAGCCGAGAAGCUACGAAAAAGCUACGCGGGGAAAGGAUAACAUAAAGCGCCAAUGCUGUUUCAUAAAAAUUGAUCAAAGGACUUCGUUGACGGACUACAUGUAACUGCAAUCUCCAAACAGGACUAAAUAGAGGACUUUGCAUCAUUCGGUCAUUGUUCAGUUUCGAACUUUCUUUCUGGAUGCUGUAGAAAGUUAUUUUUCGGCGAAAGGAUCUUUUGAAAGUGAGAUGAGACGUCGACAAUCGAAGCAUCGAGCUUGAUGUCCUUUUUAUGAAACCGCAAUCGAUGAGAUCAGCCAUUUUAUAAAUUCCGACACACAAUAUAUCGGCAUGGCAACGCAGGUCCCGGAUGUACCCUCGUCCUUGGCGACUUACAGGGCCACUGAUGGCACAAACUCAAGUUCGGAUUACAACUUCUCCGUCGAAUUUAAUACUACGGCCGAACCUGUUCGGGAUGAUGAUUUGGAUUACCAGCUGCUGAAGCAGAUAGAAAUCGGAGUUCUGAGUGCGGUUUUUAUCCUUGCCUUGGUAGGGAAUGGAAUUGUUGUAGGAUUUCUUCUGUUACGACGGAAAAAGCUAUCCCGAAUGAACUUGUUUAUUGUGCAUUUAAGUUUAGCUGAUUUAGCAGUUGCAUUUUUUAACAUUUUAACACAGGUGAUCCCGCUAGCCCUUCAUCCGAAGGGUUUCCUUUUUUUUCCUGAUUUUCUGUGCCGGCUUUAUCCGUACGCCCAACUCGUGCCAGUUUACGCCUCGAGCUAUAUGCUGGUGAUUAUAGCAGUGGACAGAUUCUACGCGAUCUGCAAACCACUCUCAAACUACUCCUGGACAAAGAAGCGAAGCUAUUUGAUGAUUUUACUAACUUGGAUCAUCUCCUUUGCCCUGUCAUCACCACAGCUAGUGCUUUUCCACCGCGAUGAGAAAAAGGAACGGUGUUACGAUAUGUUCUGGAGUGUCUGGAAGAAUGAUCCGCGGCCAUAUCAAAUUUACGUCAUAUCAAUGAUGAUCUUUAUGUAUCUGAUUCCAACGAUACUUCUGGCUAUCCUUUACGGUACCAUCGUAGUCACUAUCUGGACGAACGCGUCCUUCAAAAACGCUGCGGCCAAAUCGGAAAGAUCUGACAAGGUCAGGAAGAAGAACCGCAACCGAAAUAGAGCGCGGAAUGACAAUAUUGUCGCUCCACGAACCCAUUCCACCCGCGGCACGUCGAAGGCCAAGGUCAAGACUGUCAUAAUGACCUUUGUGGUUAUUCUUACGUUCAUUCUAUGCUGGACGCCAUAUUGGGUUAGCAUGAUCCUCUGGGCAUUUGAUGGCGCCUAUUAUGAGUCAAUAACAGCCAAAGCGAUCGUGCUUCUCUCCGCCCUUAACAGCUGCAGCAAUCCGUUCAUAUAUCUCUUCUUCAAUUUCCAAAUCGUCCUUCGCUCUUUGCCGUGUCGACGACGUAGCCAGAGUCAUCUACGGGUGAACUCGGAAUCGCAGUCCAUGACCAUGAGUACAAAGAUGAAUUCUAGCUUCAGCUUCAAUCGGGGCUCCAUGAGCCUGACCGCUCUCCAGACAGCCAACAGCGAGGGGAGUAUCCCGGGUGAAACCGCUGAACACAAACAUACUCCCGAGCUGAUCGCUAUGCGGCGUUACUCGCCCAACGGUGAGAUCCAACUGGACUACGUCCCACCAGUGGACAACAUCUCGCCUGUGGAACCAUGUAAUGGCGACGCUAAUAGGGACCACCACGUGCGGUUUGGUGGACAAUAUGUGGCGGACAGUCGGGGCGGUUUAGGUAACACUGGGUAUCUGCACUAGGGACCAUUCGUGAUAAACGUCGAUCAGCGGGGCCUUUCGCAAAGCAAAUCCGCUCCGGAGGGGAUCUGAAAGUCACGGCAAAUAUACGUACGUACACCACUUGUACAUUAUAGCCAUGCACUGCAGCUAUUUUUGCGUGGGUGUGUAAAAGGUUUUUGAUGCGUACGUAUUUAAUGGAUGGAACAAAGGUAAGACUAGUAGCAAAGGUUCAAUGCCUGGUGAAUGUGAGCCUGCGUGAGAAGACAAUGAAUGACUGUGUUCAGGUUGUGAUUAUGAUAAUGAUAGUUAUUACCAUGGUGAAUCAAAGAAAAUCAUGGAAUUUACUCAGUCGAUUACUCUUGAAUAUUUGAAAGCUGACUGGUCAAAAACAACACUACCCAAGCUUACUAGUGUGUAUAUAAAUAUAUCAUGGAUGUCGAACUUUCUAGCUGUUGUAAAUCAUUGCGUGUUCGAAGAAAAUAACGAAAAAAUGUCUUGAAGAUAUCAAUGAAACUUUGAGGAAAGAGGUUCUUCGAUGCUGCCAAAACUCAGCAUGAUGUAAAAUCAUUAUUCUUGAUACCGUAAUCUACGAUGUAGUCUGUGAUUUCGUGUUGUAAUUUCUUACGUUAGAGAGUUAGAAACGUUCAUAACAGGAUGUCGCUAGUUUGGACAAAUUUGUUGGUUAGAAUUCUGUCAACACGAACUAGAUAUAUUCAGGACUCCUUUGCUCAACGUUUGUCUAAGGAGAUGUUUGAUCCGCUGUGCGUGGUAUACGAUUUACUUCCUUGGGCGUUUUCACUCGUCUGGUCAUACCAACGCUUUUCUCUCAAACAGGUAACUAGCAUGAUACUUUUUGAAGUUUUUCUGCCAAAAUCAUGGUCAAAACCCGGUUUUUGUGACUUCUGGGCAGGAGCAUUUGCCCCCUCCCCGCUAGCUACGUCCAUGAUUUGUCUGCUACGGAACAAGGCCGUCACUUUAAUACUCUACACCACUACUCUCCCUUUAAUCACCGAUCCAAAUGUAUUUGAUAUCCUACUGUAGUCCUGGUAAAUACAUGUAUUGUAUAAACGAAGGCAAUGUGAUAUGUCUCUGUUAGAACUAACACUGUUGUUAUAUUUUCAUAAUAAAUGUUGUUACAAUAAAAAAACUAUCUGAAUGUAAAAUGAGGAUUUAUGUAGAGAUGUCAGCCACCAAGAUGUUUCCUUCUUUUUACCGUAGGUUGCUCGACGCGAUCUGGCUUGUUAGUCGGCAGGAAGGCCUAGUUGUGUUCCCUUCACUUCGGCACUUGUGUGAGUGCUAUGAUAACGCAACCGUGUAUGUUAAUAUCAUCAAGAACAAAUAAGGACUUGUCUUUAUUAAUUCAUAGGAGGAGGCGCCACCCAGUAGAACUUCUUCUUCAGCAACUUUAAAUCAAAAUGUAUAACUGAAAGUCGUGGCGAUAAAAUAAAGAAAAUAAGCACUGA